GAUAUUUAUCGGCGGCGAGAGGCUGCACUGCUAGUCUGCCACCGGACUUGUGCUCCCUCCGCUCCGGCCCUUCUUGCUUCUCCGGCGAUGGCCGCCGCCGUCACAGCAACCUUCCGCACCCUGCUCCAGCACGCAGCGGCUGGCGGCGUCCCCGUCCCGCUUCCCAGCGUUCGGUUCCAGAGCCUGCAGCGCCACCGCGUCGGCCUCCGCCUCCUCGCGCCCCCGCGUGGGCGCCCCGUCCUACUCCCGCCCGUCGCCGCCGCCGCAGCCGGCGAGGAAUUCUCUUCCGACGGAGAGGAUUCCACCGGCGACGAGUACUUCGAUGAGGAAGAGGCCUCCGAGUCGGAGGAAGAAGCCGAGGCCCCGCGCGCCUACUCGCCGCCACGAAGCCGCCCGACGCGCGGCGACGACCCCGGCCGGCUCUUCGUCGGCAACCUUCCCUAUACCUAUACCUCUGAGGAGCUCGCCCAGGUCUUCGCUGAGGCCGGCAGGGUCGACGACGCGCAGAUAAUCUAUGACAAGGUCACCAACAGGAGCCGGGGCUUUGCCUUCGUCACCAUGGCCACCGCCGAGGAGGCUGCCAAGGCCAUCCAGAUGUUCGACGGCGCUCUGCUGGGAGGGAGGACCGCUAGGGUGAACUACCCGGAGGUGCCGCGUGGUGGGGAGAGGAGAACGGUCACCAUGGCUGGCCGCAGGCGUGACGAUGGCACAUACAAGAUUUAUGCCGGCAACCUGGGGUGGGGAGUGCGUGCCGACACAUUGAGGAAUGUGUUUGAGGGUCGGGCCGGCUUGCUCGACGCCAGGGUCAUCUUUGAGCGUGAGACUGGCCGCUCCAGAGGGUUCGGGUUCGUCUCCUUCAGGACAGCAGAGGAUGCACAGGCUGCAUUGGAGGCUUUGGAUGGAGUGGAACUGGAAGGGAGGCCACUUCGACUUAGUCUGGCGGAACAGAAUCCACCACCUGGUUCCCCGCCUAGUAAUGCGCAGGCACAGCAGGAAGAAACAGAUUCAGGCGCAUCUGAUGCAGAGACGGAAGUAGUCAGUUCUUCAGAAUUAUCUGAAGCAGAGUUGGACGAGAACAACUUGCAGACAGCUGCAACUUAUUAAUAAGCAGGAGCCACGGGUUAUAUAUUGACUUCUAAGUUCUGCCAUUCAAGUCCAAGGUGUACUGAUAGGAGCAAAAAUUUUGACAAGUGAUGCUGUAGCAAGGAUUCAGCAUUUGAGCUAUAUAAUGUAUUAGAUAUUAGGAACUACCGUAUUUGUGUAAUGAGUUCUGCAAAAUAUGAUCUGAAUUAUAAUUGUGUAGCCUUCCGCUUACUGUAAACUGAUCCUUUUCAAAUGUUCUAUUUUGUUAGUGCCUGGUCAACUCAUAGGUUUUAUUUGUUAGGUCAUUUUUCAAAUGAACUAGAGCAAUACAAGAGGUAUAAACUAUUUCAA